AUUUUCACUUCAGGAAGUCUUGAGUUGUAUUUUCUUGUAAAAUUCAACGUAAACGCAUUGUUACCAACGGAUAAGAAUGCACUUUUUUUCUCUAAGAAUAUUAGUCUUCAUUUUAUGCAGAAGUUUAACAAUAGCAGAUCAUGGCUGUGUAAGGGAUAUGAAAAAAUGUCCAGGUAGUUCACUGUGCAUAGAGGCAAAGUAUAUGUGUGAUGGUCAGCAGGAUUGUAAAGAUGGAUCGGAUGAGUCACUGGAAAUGUGUCGAGAUUAUGAUUGUGAGUUGGAUAUGAGAAAAUGUAAAGAUGGUUUACAGUGUAUAGAUGCAAGGCAUAUGUGUGAUGGACAUCAGGAUUGUAAGGAUGGAUCGGAUGAGUCAUUGCCAUUGGAAAUGUGUCUUGAUUACGACUGUCGGUUGGAUAUGAGAAAAUGUCAGGAUGGUUUACAGUGUAUAGAUGCAAAGUAUAUGUGUGAUGGUUAUCAGGAUUGUACGGAUGGAUCGGAUGAGUCACUGAAAACGUGUCUUGAUUAUGAAUGUAAAGAAAAUGACGUAAAAUGUGCCGACGGACUACAGUGUAUUCCUGGUCGAGUUCAGUGUGACCGCAAUAGAGAUUGCAAUGACGAUUCAGAUGAACAGAUUGACUUCUGUAAAGAUUUUGAGUGUCUAGAUGGAUGGACAAAGUGUGGUAACGAAGUACAAUGUAUAAGAAAGAUGGAUUUGUGUGAUGGAUAUUAUCAUUGCAAUGACAUGUCGGAGGAGAACACAGAAUUUUGUAAAGCCAUAGAAUGUGAGGCAGGACACAUAAAAUGUAAAAAUGGACAGUGUAUCAGUGAUUAUUUGACCCUGUGUGACAGACAUAAUGACUGCUAUGACAAAUCGGACGAAGGCGAGGCUUUAUGCAGAGAUGGAAGGAGCAGGAAUUUGAGUAUAACAAAUUUGUAACAGUACAGGCUAAUACACUAUUAUAAUGCAUUCAAUUGUACCAAUGCUUCUGAUUGGACGGCAACAAGCGUAAAAACCCUCUAUCUAACUGUCUGUAUUCAUUUUUGAAUUCUGGAAUGCAUUGCCACGUUAUUCCUUCCAUAAUAAAUAAGCAAACUAAUAUUUGUUACCUAAAAUGUUUCUAUCGUCUAAUUUUAUUACAUCCAGAGGAGUACAAGAAGUCUGAAAACGCCCUGUGUUUACAUUUGACGCCGAAACAUUACAUAUGACGUCACCUUGUUAAGUUGACAAAAACAAUGACAGC